CCAGGUCCAAAAAAAAAAUUUGUGUGUCCUCCAUGGUCAGAAGCUGAAUGAAUACUUGUACAAACAAUUGUUAAAUGAUUGGCAGUCUCUGCAGAGCUUUCUGUAAUGAGACUGUGCCUUUAUGAAGAUAUAUUUAAGAAGAUACUUUUCUCUCACGCAGAUUAGCUAUCUUAGGGCUGUCAAAUGAGGGUUGGGGGAAAGAGGAAGGAGAGAAUAGGACACUUUGACCUCUAUGGAGAGUGCUUUAGCCUUUACAGAGCACUUUGAAACAAAAUUAUCUGAAGUUGUAAAGCAGAACGCUUGGUGGCGCUGCAGGCUAAGAAACGAAAACCUGCAGCCUGCAAGACUGUAAAAGCAGAGCCAUUUGCCACUGAGAAGGGGAGCUUUUUAACAUUUCUGCCGAUAGAUCCUUUCAGAGAGGCAGAUACACCACGUCCAGCAAUGUCACAAAGAAAAGAAGCUCAAAAUUAUUGAGCCAAGAUUCCUGAGUUGCUCACAGAGCAAUUCUUGUGUGAUUAACUGCUGCUUCUUUUGGACCUGAGGAACGAUGAAGACACCACUUUACAAGGCACUACAGGAAAGGCAAGUGACCGCCAUUGUCUUUCUUUUCCUAUUGUGGGAGGCAGGCAGUGAGACCGUUAAGUAUUCCAUUCUAGAGGAAACAGACAGGGGCUCUUUGGUGGGCAACCUGGCAAAAGAUUUGGGGUUGGGCUUAAGGGAUCUGGUCAUCAGGGGCGCCCAGAUUCUUAACAAAGGGAACAAACAACUCUUGCAGCUGGAACAGAAGAGUGGGAAUUUGGUUCUGAAAGAGAAAUUGGACCGGGAGGAGUUAUGUGAGAGCACGGACCCGUGCAUCCUAUAUUUCCAAGUGUUACUAAAGAGCCCAGUGCAAUUUAUUCAAGGGGAAAUACAGCUCCAAGAUGUAAACGACCAUGCUCCAGAAUUCACGGAAAAUGAAAUUCUCCUUAAAAUCCUGGAAAGUAGCCAUCCAGGGACCAAGUUUCCACUGAAAAUAGCUCAAGAUUUGGACGUAGGUAGCAACACAGUUCAGAACUAUACAAUCAGUAUCAACUCCCAUUUCCACCUUCUCACCCGCAAUCACAACGAUGGCAGGAAAUACCCUGAGCUGGUGCUAGACAAAGCACUGGACCGGGAGGAGCAGGCAGAGGUUAGAUUAACACUCACGGCUCUGGACGGCGGGACACCUCCCAAGACUGGGACUACCCAGGUUCUCAUCAUGGUCCUGGACAUUAAUGACAAUGCCCCCGAAUUUGCCCAGGGGCUCUAUGAGGUGCAGGUUCAGGAGAAAAGCCCCGUAGGCUCACUUGUUAUCACCGUGUCCGCGAGAGAUUUAGACGCUGGGGUCUACGGAGAGCUGUCCUAUUCGCUUUUUCAAUCCUCAAAUCAGGUGCUUCGGGCUUUUGAAAUAAAUCCAGACACCGGAGAAAUUAGAGUAAGAAAACUAUUGGACUUUGAGGAAAUUCAGUCUUACCGCAUGGAAGUCGAGGCCUCUGAUGGGGGAGGUCUUUCAGGAAAAUGCACGGUAGUAAUAGACAUGACCGAUGUAAAUGACAACGCCCCUGACCUCACCAUGUCAUUACUCAUCAGUGAUGUUCCAGAAAAUUCUCCUGAGACUGUAGUCGCCGUCUUUGGAAUUUCAGAUCCAGACUCUGGAGAGAACGGGAAAAUGAUUUGCUCUAUCCAAGGCCAACUUCCUUUCCUCUUGAAACCUAAUGGAGAUAAUUUCUACACUUUGGUAACAGAAGGCCCAUUGGACAGAGAGAGCAGAUCUGAGUACAACAUCACCAUCACAGUCAGCGACAUGGGCACACCCAGGCUCACAACCCAGCACACCAUAACAGUAAAGGUCUCUGACGUCAACGACAAUGCCCCCACCUUCACACAAAGCUCCUACACCCUGUUUGUCCAAGAGAACAACAGCCCCGCCCUGCACAUAGGCACCAUCAGCGCCACAGACUCAGACUCAGGCUCCAAUGCCCACAUCACCUACUCGCUGCUGCCAACCCACGACCCACAGCUGGAACUAACCUCACUCAUCUCCAUCAAAGCAGACAAUGGACAGCUGUUCGCGCUCAGGGCGCUGGACUAUGAGAUCCUUCAGACCUUCGAGUUCCACGUGGGCGCCACAGACCAAGGGUCGCCCGCGCUCAGCAGCCAGGCGCUGGUGCGCGUGCAGGUGCUGGACGCCAACGACAAUGCGCCCUUCGUGCUCUACCCGCUGCAGAACGCCUCUGAGCCCUUCACAGAGCUGCUACCCAGGGCGGCAGAGCCUGGCUACCUGGUCACCAAGGUGGUGGCUGUGGACCGCGACUCUGGCCAGAAUGCCUGGCUGUCGUUCCAGCUGCUCAAGGCCACGGAGCCCGGACUGUUCAGCGUGUGGGCUCACAAUGGCGAGGUGCGCACCUCCAGGCUGCUGAGCGAGCGCGAUGCGCCCAAGCACAGGCUGCUGCUGCUGGUCAAGGACAAUGGCGAUCCUCAGCGGUCUGCCAGUGUCACUCUGCAAGUACUGGUGGUGGAUGGCUUCUCUCAGCCCUUCCUGCCUCUACCGGAGGUGGCGCGCGACCCCACACAGGAGGAAGACCUGCUUACUUUGUACCUGGUCAUUGCCUUGGCAUCUGUGUCUUCGCUCUUUCUCUUGUCUGUGCUGCUGUUCGUGGGGGUGAGGCUGUGCAGGAGGGCCAGGGCAGCCUCUCUGGGUGGCUGCUCUGCGCCUGAGGGACACUUUCCUGGACACCUGGUUGAUGUCAGUGGCACGGGGACCCUGUCACAGAGCUACCAGUAUGAGGUGUGUCUGACGGGAGGUACAGGGACAAAUGAGUUCAAAUUUCUUAAACCAGUACUUCCCAACUUCUUGAAUGAAGCGCCUUAUCGGAACGAUGAGGAACCUUCCAACUUUAGGGAUCAUUUGGGGUUUAACUAGAAAUCGUGCUUUGAUCUUGUGGGAUGAAUUACUGUCUUCACUGAUGCAUGUGUAAUUUCCCAACUUUUCACUCAUUAUAAAGAGCAAAUUAGCAUGUUACUAAUAGUCACAUUUAUAGCUGUUUCUAAUUGUUGAUAAUUUCUUGAAUUUUUAUUAACCAGCUUACGCUCAAGUGCACGAAAUAGCUGCAAAAUGUCCUUUCUUGGUGGUAUUAUUUUCACCACACAUUUUACAAUGUCAAAGAUGUUUUCAGGUCCCUGGUAUUUAAGCCUGUCCGAUGAUUUCUUGUAAUCAAAGGACCCGUGUUUUUAAAGUUAUGUUUAUCAUUAGCAUGAAUUUAACGCUAUUGCAAAUGAUGACUUUCAGCUUUAAAUAUAAUUUUCAAUUAUGUGAACCUUUUCAUGAUCUUCUAAAUCUUUUGAAUCUGCUGCAAGUUGUCUCAAGAGCUCUAUUUUCUUUCUUCAACUGAACUGUUGAUUAAUCAAGACUUUGUUUUUAAAUUGAGUGUUUUCUUUCAAAAUUGAUAAAAUUUCAUUAAAUCAUCUUUUGGCAUUCUGAAAAACUUGGUCUAUCAAAAAGUGAUAGACUUGCUGGUACACUUGUAAUUCAUUUUCCAUAAGUGGUUUUGGUGUGUAGCUAUUUAUUCUCAUCCUUUUAACAUGAUGUGUGCUCUGUAUAGUUAAUACAUACCCUGUAAGCACAAAGAAGGCACAUUAGUAUGCUUUCACCAGAAAAUUGUCAUUAAGUCAGCAUUGUUCUAAAAUAAAUAAUGUCUGGCAUUCGGGGUGCAGCCCAAUGAAAGAACAUGUGCUUCACAUGUACGGUGCCCUGGAUCCAAUGCCUGAUGGAGGAAGGUCAUUGGCUAAUAAAGAAACUGCCUUGGCCCAUUUUAUUGGUUAGAACAUAGGUGGGUGGAGUAAACAGAACAGAAUGCUGGGAGGAAGAGGAAGUGAGCUCAGAGAUGCCAUGCUCCCUUCCCCCAGGCAGACACAAUAGCUCUGCUCUCUGAGGCAGAUGCACGCGAUGAAGCAAGCCGCCAGGUCAGACAUGCUGAAUCUUUCCCGGUAAGACCGGUGCUACACAGUUUAUUAGAGAUGGGUUGAUUGGGAUAUCAGAAUUAGCCAGUAAGGGCUAAAGCUAAUGGGCCAAGCAGUGUUUAAAUGAAUACAGUUUGUGUGUUGUUAUUUUGGGGCAUAAGCUAGCCAGGCAGCCGGGGUGCUGGGGACGCAGCCCCGCCGCUCCUAUUACUACAAAUGCCCAACAUCAAAAAGAAAAAAAUAAGUCAAUAAGUUCUUCAUAUGAAUGUAAAUGAGAUGAGCUAACGAAUGAGAACAGUUCUCUAAAUGUGAAUUAUGGUAAACUUAUAACAUCUGGUUAAAACUCUCAGGGGCUGCUGGAAAGAUGACUUGUGCUUAAGAGCGAAUAUUCUUCUGGGGACCCCAGUUCAUUUCCCAGCACUCACGUCGGGUGGUUCACCACAGACUUUAAUACCAGCAACAGUGAGAUCCAGUGCCCUCUCUGGGUGCCCAUGGGUAGCCACAUAAAUACAGAGAAUAAUUUAAAUAUUUGGUGAAAUUCAGUAGCUUAGCCAUUUAAUCUUUGACCUUUCUUUGAUAAAAGACUUCUAAAUAACUGACAAUUACUUUUGCCCUGCCAAGUUUCUUCAACAGUUUGUCUAGGUUAUAAAAUUAUUUGCAUAUGUCUGUUCAUUAUUGAUAGUCUUUUGCCAUCUCUUAGGUUUUUGUAGUGUUGAUUGCAGUGUCUCCAUUUUCAUCUCUGGUUUGUCUGCUCUAUUUCUGUUUUCAGAGAACUGCUCUUGGUUACCUUCAUCUGUCCUGGAUUAUUCAGCCUCUUGAUUGCUUGUUUCUACCCUACUGGUUCUUUUCAUCUAUUAAUUUUGACCUUGGUUUGUUCUUGUCCUCUUGGUCCUUUGAAGCACGGUGACGGACUGUUUAUCUCGGAGCUUUAUUUUCUUUAAGUGGCUGCAUUGAUUGCUAUAAAUUUCCCUUUUAAUACUGCUUUUGCUGUAUCUCAUUGACUGUAGAGUGUUGGGCUCAUUUUUAUUUGUUUGAUAGAAUUUUUUUAUUUUAAACUUUCAUUAAUCAAUUGCUCAAUAGUAGGUUGUUUAAUGUUUAAGUUUUCUAUUUCUCUCAUGUUAAUAUAUGGUCUAAUGUACCCUAGGGCAUGCUGGAACUUCAUUGGCCAUGAUGGCAUUGAGCUUGAGAUUUCACCUCAGCCUACCAAGUGGUGGGAUUACAUAGUAGGGCCACUACACGUAGCCUAGGUUUUCUUAUCUUUGUUAUGCUUGCUAUGUUUUGUUUUUAUUUUUACCAGAAUGUAGAUAUUCUCCAGCUAGUUUUUAAAAAUUCAUCUGAUUAAAUAUUCAGUCUUUGGUAUCAUAGUAUUGCUUUAAAACAGCUCAUUCAUGUUCCAUGAAUGUUUCUUUCUAUGGUGGCUUUUAAGUUUUAAAAUAAAUGGUGAGAUUUAAUUAAUAUGUGGUUAUUUCCUAGUGCUAUAUAAUGUAUAUGCCUCUGUGUAUAAUUAUUAUCACUGUCAAAAUUGAAAUACUUUCAUCACCCCAA